UGGGCAAGGACAUGGGCGCCCAGUACGGGGCGGCCAACCCGGCCUGGGCAGCGGCGCAACAAAGAAAUCACCCGGCCAUGAGCCCCGGCAGCACCGGGCAGACCAUCAGCAGGACACAGGGCAGUCCAAUGGAUCCAAUGGUGAUGAAGAGACCUCAGUUGUACGGCAUGGGCAAUAACCCUCACUCUCAGACGCAGCAGAGCAGCCCCUACCCUGGGCAGUCCUAUGGCCCUCCCGGCCCCCAGCGCUACCCGGUGGGAAUGCAGGGACGAGCCCCGGCCGCCAUGGGAGGAAUGCAGUAUCCGCAGCAACAGAUACCGCCUCAGUAUGGUCAGCAAGGCGUGAGCGGCUACUGCCAGCAGGGCCAGCAACCGUACUACAACCAGCAGCCGCAGCACCUGCCGCCCCAGGCGCAGUAUCUGUCGCAGGCCCAGCAGAGGUACCAGGCCCAGCAGGACAUGUCUCAGGAAGGCUAUGGAACCAGAUCUCAACCUCCUAUGGCCCCAGGAAAGCCCAACCACGAAGACUUGAAUCUAAUCCAGCAAGAAAGACCAUCGAGCUUACCAGUUGAAGUCUUGGCCUCCGAGGAUGCUACAUUUGGACACAAGGAUUUGUCUGGAUCCAUUGAUGACUUGCCGACUGGAACUGAAGCAACGCUGAGCUCAGCUGUUAGCGCAUCAGGCUCUACAAGCAGCCAAGGGGAGCAGAGCAACCCUGCACAGUCUCCAUUCUCCCCUCAUGCUUCUCCACAUCUCUCUGGCAUCCCCGGGGGCCCAUCGCCUUCCCCUGUAGGCUCUCCUGUUGGAAGCAACCAGUCGAGGUCUGGUCCCAUUUCUCCAGCAAGUAUUCCAGGCAGUCAGAUGCCACCGCAGCCUCCUGGCAGCCAGUCAGAAUCCAGCUCCCACCCUGCUUUGAGCCAGUCACCAAUGCCACAGGACCGAGGUUUUAUGGCAGGCAUACAGAGGAACCCCCAAAUGUCACAGUAUGGACCUCAACAAACUGGACCUUCCAUGUCACCACACCCCUCACCUGGAGGCCAAGUGCAUCCUGGAAUUGGUAGCUUUCAGCAGAGUAAUUCAAGUGGUACUUAUGGGCCUCAGAUGAGCCAGUAUGGACCACAAGGAAACUACUCCAGACCACCAACAUACACUGGCGUGCCCAACACAAGCUACAGUGGCCCAGGACCCGGCAUGGGUAUAAAUGCCAACAGUCAGAUGCAUGGACAGGGGCCAAGCCAGCCUUGUAGUACCAUGCCCCUGGGACGGAUGCCAUCAGCUGGGAUGCAGAGCAGACCAUUUCCUGGAAACAUGAGCAGUAUGACCCCCAAUUCUCCUGGCAUGUCUCAGCAGGGAGGCCCCGGGAUGGGCCCACCCAUGCCAACUGUGAACCGUAAGGCACAGGAGGCGGCUGCUGCAGUGAUGCAGGCUGCUGCGAACUCCGCUCAGAGCAGGCAAGGCAAUUUUCCUGCCAUGAAUCAAAGCGGUAUUAUGGGAUCCAGCUCCCCCUACACUCAGCCGAUGAACAACAGCUCUGGCUUGAUGAACCCGCAGGCUCCUCCAUACAGCAUGGCACCUAACAUGGUGAACAGUUCCACAGCACCUAUGGGUCUUGCAGAUAUGAUGACACCCGGUGAGUCCAAACUACCCCUUCCUCUCAAAGCAGAUGGCAAAGAAGAAGGAGCCCCUCAACCCGAGAGCAAGUCAAAGAAAUCAAGUUCCUCUACCACAACUGGAGAGAAGAUCACAAAAGUCUACGAACUAGGAAACGAACCAGAGCGCAAGAUGUGGGUAGACAGGUACCUCACAUUCAUGGAGGAGAGGGGCACACCUGUGGCCAGUCUGCCAGCUGUGGGCAAGAAGCCCUUGGACCUGUUCAGGCUGUACGUCUGUGUCAAAGAGAUUGGAGGUUUAGCACAGGUUAAUAAAAACAAGAAGUGGCGUGAGCUGGCAACAACAUUGAACGUUGGCACUUCGAGCAGUGCAGCCAGCUCCCUGAAAAAACAAUACAUUCAGUACCUGUUUGCCUUCGAGUGCAAGAUCGAGCGAGGGGAGGAGCCCCCUCCAGAAGUCUUCAGCACUGGAGAUACCAAGAAACAACCUAAGAUUCAGCCGCCAUCUCCUGCUAAUUCUGGUUCCUUGCAAGGUCCACAGACUCCACAGUCUACUGGUAGUAAUUCCAUGACAGAAGUGCCAGGCGAUUUGAAGCCCCCAACACCAGCAUCAACACCUCAUGGACAGAUGACACCUAUGCAGGGUGGCAGAAACAGCGCAGUUAGUGUGCACGAUCCCUUUUCUGAUGUAAGUGAUUCAGCAUUCCCGAAGCGAAACUCCAUGACGCCAAAUGCACCAUACCAGCAGGGAAUAAACAUGCCAGAUAUGAUGGGAAGGAUGCCAUAUGAGCCGAAUAAAGAUCCUUUCGGUGGAAUGAGAAAAGUGCCUGGAAGCAAUGAGCCUUUCAUGACCCCUGGACAAAUGCCCAACAGUGGAAUACAGGAUAUGUAUAACCAGAGUCCAUCUGGAGCGAUGUCCAACAUGAGCAUGAGCCAGAGACAGCAGUUCUCUUAUGGAAGCGGCUAUGACAGGAGGUCGGAUCAUGGGCUGGGUCCUGAAGGCAGUAUGGGACCACCUGGUCAAAGCAACAUGGUGCCUUCAAACAGUGACCCAAGCAUGUACUCUCCUAAUCGUUACCCUGGCCAGCAAAGGCAUGAACCAUACGGGCAGCAGUAUCCAGGACAAGGACCUCCCUCAGGACAGCCACCAUAUGGAGGACAUCAACCUGGAAUGUAUCCACAGCAGCAGAACUACAAGCGACACAUGGAUGGCAUGUAUGGGCCCCCAGCCAAGCGCCAUGAAGGGGAUAUGUACAACAUGCAGUACGGCAACCAGCAACAGGAAAUGUAUAACCAGUACAGCAAUGCUUACACUGGGCCUGACAGGAGGCCCAUGCAGGGACAGUAUCCUUAUCCAUAUAACAGGGAGAGGAUGCAGGGCCCAGGGCAAAUGCAGCAGCAUGGAAUACCUCCCCAGAUGAUUGGUGGCCCCAUGCAGUCGUCAUCCUCCAGCGAAGGUCCUCAGCAGAACAUGUGGCCAACACGAAACGAUAUGCCUUACCCUUACCAGAACAGGCAAGGUCCAGGAGGCCCUGCACAGGCCCCGCCGUAUCCAGGGAUGAAUCGCACUGAUGAUAUGAUGGUACCUGACCAGAGGAUAAACCACGAGAGUCAGUGGCCUUCUCAUGUCAACCAACGUCAGCCUUCUUAUAUGUCAUCCUCAGCCUCCAUGCAGCCUAUCACUAGACCUCCUCAGUCAUCCUACCAGACGCCACCCUCUAUGCCAAAUCACAUCUCUAGAGCUCCAAGUCCAGCAUCCUUCCAGCGCUCUUUGGAAAACCGUAUGUCUCCAAGCAAGUCUCCUUUCCUACCCUCCAUGAAGAUGCAAAAGGUUAUACCCACAGUUCCGGUGUCACAGGUCACAGGACCUCCACCCCAACCACCACCGAUUAGGCGAGAAAUUACCUUCCCCCCAGGCUCUGUAGAAGCAUCGCAACCAGUCUUAAAACCAAGACGAAAGAUUACCUCAAAAGAUAUUGUAACUCCUGAGGCCUGGAGAGUGAUGAUGUCUCUUAAAUCUGGUCUUUUGGCUGAAAGUACCUGGGCGCUAGACACUAUUAAUAUUCUUCUGUAUGAUGACAGCACUGUUGCUACUUUCAACCUCUCUCAGUUGUCUGGAUUUCUAGAGCUUUUAGUAGAAUAUUUUAGAAAAUGCCUGAUUGACAUUUUUGGAAUCCUUAUGGAAUAUGAAGUGGGAGAUCCAGGUCACAAAGCACUUGAUCACAAAGCAGCCAAGAAAGAUGAUAGCCAGUCCUUGGCAGAGGAUACUGGAAAAGAGGAGAACGACGAAUGUAUUGACUGUUUUGAUGAAGAGGAGGAGGAGGGGGAUGAUGAAAAGGUAGAAGAAGAAAAAAGCAUUGUUUUUUCCACUCCUGGUGCCAUUGCUGAUCCAAGCGAGAGGCCAAAACAAGCCAGUAAAUUUGACAAGCUGCCAAUAAAGAUUGUAAAGAAAAAUAAUCUAUUUGUUGUUGACCGAUCUGACAAACUUGGACGCGUUCAGGAAUUUGAUAGUGGACUUCUCCACUGGCAGCUUGGUGGUGGUGACACAACUGAGCAUAUCCAGACUCACUUUGAAAGCAAGAUGGAGAUUCCUCCACGCAGGAAAGCCCCUCCUCCCUUGAACUCUCCAAGCAAAAAGAAGGACCUCGAGGGGAAAGGUGAAUCUGAGGAACAGCAAGAAAAAAGUAUAACAGCAACCAUUGACGAUGUCCUCUCAGCCCGGCCAGGAGCAUUGCCUGAAGACUCAAACUCUGGUUCCCAAACAGAGAGCAGUAAAUUUCCCUUUGGGAUCCAUCAAGCCAAAAGCCACCGGAAUAUUAAACUGCUAGAGGAUGAGCCAAGGAGCCGGGAUGAGACUCCUCUAUGCACCAUAACUCACUGGCAAGACUCCUUGGCCAAACGCUGCAUCUGUGUGUCAAAUAUCGUCCGUAGCUUGUCUUUUGUGCCUGGCAAUGACACCGAAAUGUCCAAACAUCCAGGCUUGGUGCUGAUCCUGGGAAAAUUGAUCCUUCUUCAUCAUGAGCAUCCAGAAAGAAAGCGAGCGCCGCAGACUUACGAGAAGGAGGAAGAGGAGGACAAAGGGGUGGCCUGCAGCAAGGAUGAGUGGUGGUGGGACUGCCUCGAGGUCUUGAGGGAUAAUACAUUGGUCACAUUAGCCAACAUUUCUGGGCAGCUAGACUUGUCUGCUUACACAGAAAGCAUCUGUUUGCCAAUUUUGGAUGGCUUGCUGCACUGGAUGGUGUGCCCAUCUGCGGAGGCACAGGAUCCUUUUCCAACCGUGGGGCCCAACUCAGUUCUUUCGCCUCAGAGACUUGUGCUGGAGACCCUGUGUAAGCUCAGUAUCCAGGACAAUAACGUGGACCUUAUCUUGGCCACCCCCCCAUUCAGUCGUCAGGAGAAACUCUACGCUACUUUAGUUAGGUACGUUGGGGAUCGCAAAAACCCAGUCUGCCGAGAAAUGUCCAUGGCGCUCUUAUCGAACCUUGCCCAGGGGGACACAUUAGCAGCAAGGGCAAUAGCUGUGCAGAAGGGAAGCAUCGGAAACUUGAUAAGCUUCCUGGAGGAUGGGGUCACCAUGGCCCAGUACCAGCAGAGCCAGCAUAACCUCAUGCACAUGCAGCCUCCGCCUCUGGAGCCACCUAGCGUAGACAUGAUGUGCAGGGCAGCCAAGGCCUUGCUGGCCAUGGCUAGAGUGGACGAGAACCGCUCAGAGUUCCUUUUGCACGAGGGUCGUUUGCUGGAUAUCUCAAUAUCUGCUGUCCUGAACUCUCUGGUUGCAUCUGUCAUCUGUGAUGUACUUUUUCAGAUUGGGCAGUUAUGACAUAAGUGAGAAGCCAAGCAUGUGUGAGUGGAGAUUAGAGGGUCACAUAUAACUGGCUGUUUUCUGUUCUUGUUUAUCCAAUGUAGGAAGAAGGAAAAAAAAAAAAAAGAAUCUUUGCUCCUCUGCCCCAUUCACUAUUUACCAAUUGGGAAUUAAAGAAAUUAUUAAUUUGAACAGUUAUGAAAUUAAUAUUUGCUGUCUAUGUGUAUAAGUACAUCUUUUUAUUUUAUUUUUUUUAACCAAAGUUGCUGUCUAGUACAUUCAAAGGUCACACUUUUUUUUUUCCAUAGAUUAUCCUUUUCAAUGUUCUUUUCCAUGUUUGUAUUGCAUAUUUUUUGGGAAGCGAACUAGUGACUUUUUAAAAAAAAUGUUAUGGCAAACCAUUGUAUGAUGGAAAAAAAUCUCACCACUUUGAAACGAAAAGGUGAAAAAUAACCAACAUACCAAGUUCCUGUGUGUUUUAUUUUUUCAAAUAAGGAAAAAAUAAUAAAAAAAAAAACUUGUAUACCAUCACCCAAAGCUCUGUGCAAUAGAAGAUUCUAGUGAUGUAGGUGUAGGGGAUCAAGGAGGGUGUCAGUCAGUAGUCAAAAUACAAAACGACAUGGGUUUCUCCUCAAGAGAAAUGGUUACAUUAGGCUAGGAGCAAAACAAAACAAAAAAUUCAAGUUAAAAGAUUUUUAAUCAAAACCUGAUGAUAAACAUCAAUUGCUUCCUCACCAGAACUGUCUUGUCUACAUCUGCUUUUUUUUUUUUUUUUGACCUUCCACAAUGACAGUUCUUCACGAUUCCUUUAAUCAUUUUUUAAAAUAUUUUUUUAUUGCCUAAGGGCCGUGAUGUAUAUAGAAGUUGUACAUUAAACAUACCCUCAUUUUUUUUUUUUUUUUAGUACAAAGUUUUUAGUUUCUUUUUCAUGAUGUGGUAUCUACAAAGUGAUAGUAGAAUUAUUUUUUCUUUCAUUUGGGCCAUAUCUCCAAAAAAUAAUAAAAUAAAAAAAAAGAAAAAAGAAAAAACCCAACACAGAAAACCAACAACUGAGGGUAAUGUACAAGUUUCUGUAUGUAUAAAGUCAUGCUCUAUUUCGGGAGAGCAGCCGAUCACAAUUUGCUUUAUAAAUCAAGGUGUGGAAAUGGUUACGUAUGGAUUGAUUUAAGAAAAUGGUUACCAGUCUACAGACAAAAAAAUAUAUACAGGAAAAAAAGGAAGAAACACAACUUCAAAGAUUUUUCAGUGACAAGAAUCUGCAUUUGUAUUUCAAGAUAAUGUAGUUAAAAAAGAAAAAACUUGAUGUAAAUUCCUCCUUUUCCUCUGGCUUAAUGAAUUUCAUUUAUUCAGUAUAAAAUCUUUAUAUGUUCCACAUGUUAAGAAUAAAUGUACAUUAAAUCUUGUUAAGCACUGUGA